AUGGAUGUGCUAAAAGAACAGCUAUGUAAAAGAGGUGUUCGUAUUUUGACUGGAUUGAGAAAAUACCUUCAACAAUUGGACAAGGAAGGAAAUGGACUUUUAGAUAAGGCAGAUUUCACAGGGAGAAAAAAAGUAUUUCACUUAGAAGUGUCCAAAAAUGAUUUUGAGUCUUUGUGGCUAAUUCUAAAUGGUUAUGGCAGUAAGGUUGAUUACAGAGAAUUAAAGCAUACCGUUAUAGGUGAAAUGAAUGAAUACAGAAAAUCAUUUGUUCAAAAGGCCUUUAUGAAAAUGGAUUUUAACAAAACAGGCAGUGUGUCUGUUAUAGACAUAAGAAAAUGUUAUUGUGCAAAGAAGCAUCCUUAAGUAAUUUCAGGACAUUCCACAGAGGAAGAAAUCAAAACGUCUUUUCUAGAAACACUGAAAGAUGCCUGCAGUAAGUCUGAUGAAGUGUCAUAUGGUGAAUUUGAAGAUCACUAUGAAGGUCUAAGUAUAGGGAUAGUAGAUGAUGAAGAUUUUGUUACUAUCUUACAUACUCCAUGGGGGAUCUAG